GUUUGACUGGCAUUUGUGUCAAUUUUGACACUAAUCGUGUCAAAAUUCUUUGUGCUAAAAUUUCGGCAAAAUUUGGAGAUAUGUUAAAAGUAUGUGGGGUUACAAUGAAUGCCGACCAAAAAUACCAUCAUGUAGGUCUCCGACAUGCCCCCAAAGAAAUUAUGUUAGUACGUGUCCCCACUCUAACUACUUCUACACGACAAGGGCUUCGAGCGCACCCUGCAAAAGGACCGACUGGAAUUGGAAUACGAAUAAUAACUGUCGGACGAGGCGAGCACCGAGCUUGGAACCCACUGCGACUAGAUUAGAACCGCGAUUUAACGAGAAACGAAAUGAUGUAAAUAAACCCAAGACCGCGAAAAACAAUAAAAUGAAUAAAUCACCACAAAGAAGAAAAAUGAGCAACGAGCGGAAAAGUCCCGAAAAGCCGAAAACAAGCGGGCCCGAGGAGCACGAAUACGUUCACUUUCUGCUGAAAAUAACCGAAGACAUACUCCGAAACAACAUCUACAAGGACAGUGAGAUGGAAAAGCUGUUCGAGAGCCACAUUCAAGCGAACAAAGGGCGCCUGGAUGAGGGAAGAAUGCGCUCACAAAUAGAAACACUGAAGAAAGAGUUGAAUUUUCCCUUGCCGAAAAGGGAGCAAAUGUGUGAAUGCGGAGCAGAAGGGGGAGUGCAAAGUGCCCUUUGUAAAUGUUGUGAAAUGGGGACUCAGUCGGAAACGACGUGUUUUUGCAACAAUCAGAACUGUCCACUUCAUCCGAUUGUUGAAGAAAAACCAGAACCAGCAGUCAUAGAAGAAGAGGCCUUGGAAGAGGAGUCGGAAUUUAAAUGUGAUGAGGAAUGUGGUAGUCCAGACGAGGAGCCGGAAAAAGAUGAAUCCAAAUGUGAUCCGGAAUGUGGUUUAUUGGAAGAUAAAACAAUACCGGAAUGUGAUUGUGAAACCGUUGAAAAGACAGACGAAAAUAUGGAUGAGAAACGAUCGAUUUCGGAUGCUAAUGUAACGGACGAAGAACAAAAUGUGAAUGAGGGAAAACAGGAGGAAGUGGCCGCAGAGCGGGAUGUUGCCGAAGAAGUACAGGAUGAUGGGAAGAAAGCCGAAGUUGUGAAGUCGGAGGAAAAAGUUCAAGUUGUAGAAGAGCCCAAGUCAGUUGAAAACGAUGAAACAGGCAAACAGGACAACGGUCCUUCUUGCAUAGAUCCCGAACACUGCUCUGAACAAGUCAGUUCCCCAAAGCGCUCCGCUAGUGGUUACUGUUCCGCAAACGGAACAAGUGUCCACAGCAUGGUCAAAAUCGUCAACAAAGACGAUCCCGACAACACCGAAUCUCAAAUAAUUUUCUACAACGUCGAAACCGGAACGCACUGCUUUUGUAGCGUUUCCUUCCAAAAAACCGCCCUCAAAAUCCAAGUUGACGGCACCGAAAACGAGGAGUAUAUCCUCGUGGACGGCCCGGUCUGCAUGCCCCGAACAAUGCUCGAAAAAAAGACAAUCCCAGUCUUAAUCCAAAACGUUUCAUCUUUACUCCUCGAUUCAGCGAAAGACACUGAAUCCCAAAACGCGAGUCUUUCCAGAGUAAAUUUGUUGCAAAGAAGCGUAUACAGCGUCGAAGAACCGUUGCCCGAUGUCGCCGAUAGCGUUAGUGUAGAAUUAAAGAAAAUCCAACAGGCAAGUUACGGUUUUCUACCGGUGGAGCACAACAAUGUCGAGGUUGUGGCGGCGCCAACGGUGGGUUUGGACCCCAUUUUGAAAAAGCCGGAUGAAGGCAGGAAGCAGUCCAAGGAAAUUGAGUGGAAAAUAUCGGAAACGUCCGAAAGCGAAGAUCAACUGGAAGAAACGAAACCGGCGGAAAACAGUAAGUGUCAGUCCAGGACUUGCAAAAGCACCAAUAAAAGUGCCGCCGCGCCCCAAACCGAAGAAAUGCCUUCAAGGGACGAUAAUUCGCCCGAACUUGAUCGUUUUCUUGACGCACAAGACGACCCAACGAAAUUGCUAGAAUCCGACUAUGAAAAUCUCCAGUCGGAUGAUCCGACCCGGAAGUACCACUUCCUGCUAGCGGACGCUACAACAAGCAUGACUUCGUGUGAUCUAACUGAACCGGAUGAACAAAUCCCGGGGUUUCCUGUGGAGGAAGAGCCUCCCAUCAAAGUCCCCCCACCCCCUGAACCCGAAGAGGAAUCGCCUGAAGCGUCCCUUCCGGCUUCCCCAACAGAAAGCAGUCUCGUUGAGGACUACAGACUUCUAGCAGACGAUGAAUACGAGGCGGAGAAACCGCCCCGGGUCCUGGAAGAGCCAGAACGCCAGUCAUACACUUCCAGCCGCAGUUCGGACCGAGGCGACAAAGACCUGCGAAUUUUCGAGUACUCCUUCACUCCCACACGGGGCUCCUCCUCGCGGCCUCGCAGCUCCAGACCGGAGUUGGCCUACAUUGGGGCCCAGGAGAGCGGCACCAUCACCAGCGAGGCCGAAAUGAGGGACACGGACCUGGAGGAGAGGGCGGCCCAGGCGUUGUCAACACUGCCGCUGCCGAGGCCCAGCUUGAGCGACUCGUCGUCGCAGAGGAAGCCCCACGAGGGGCUCAAGGUGCGGUACUCGCUCAACAGGGACUUGUUCGACCAGGAGCACCAGGACAUCAUCGCCAAGUUGGACCAAAUGCCGAAGGUGGAGAAGCCACCUUUGGAAAAGCGGGAUCCGAGCGUGGUGGCGAUUACUGACAGGAUGGAGGAGUUUAGGAAAAUUGGGGAUGAGAACGCCAAUCGGAGGUUCCAGAUUAGCAAUGCUGAUAAUUUUGAAAUACGGAGGGUGUCGAAUCCGUCGGUGCAUAACGAGGAUGAGGGGGAGAAGCCCACGAGGCCCAGCUGCUGCGGGCUAGUGCAGCCGCCCAAGUCCAAGAAGAAAGUAGUGAGCUCGGAGACGUGGAACGAAGGGCGAAUGAAUUUCUGAGCUUGAUUAAAAGAAAAUAUAUAUUUAUAUUUAACGGAAUAAAAUUUAUUUAACUUA